AGACAGAUCUUCGAAUUUUUGGGUGGGUUUCAACGACUUCAUCAUGUUUUCGGCAUUUUUCUUCGAUAUCCGUCCUCGUUUGAGGUAACGUUGAAUCGUGCCUUUCAAGAAUGCAACACCUUUGUCGAGUGACUCUUUGUAGAUAUCGACUAAAUGCACGGUAAAUCCCGCCUGCAAAAGAACCAUACAGAUACCACUCCCCAUCAGACCAGCUCCUACAACAGCAGCAGUCUGAUUUCUAAACGAUUUCUGCAGAAGCGGGUGACUCUUGUUUGAUAUGCUUCCAAGCAUUUUCCCGGCCUUGCGAACCGCAAAAAAGGCGUGUCGUCGAGCUACGCCCUGCUUUCCAGAGAGUGUCUUGAAAAAUUGGGCCAAUUCAAUGGCCGAGCCUUCCUCAAUAGGCAAGCUGCAGGCCUUCACAGCUUCGAGGGCGGCCCACACGCUUUCUCCGCCCAUUUCGACAGGCGGGAGUUUCGCAGCAGCUCCCUGAACAAUCAUCUCCAAUUCUUGUUUCGAUUCUUUGAUCGCUCUGUUACCCACACAUCUAUCGCCAAGGGGCAUGAGUUCGGCCCAGCUGGCAAACUUCUUUGCAGCAGCCAGCACAGUUCCCUCAGAACGUGCCGCGACGUGAUCUACAAGACCAACAUUUUUGGCCUUUUUCGCUCCGAUUGACUUCCCGGUCAAAAUCAUUUCGAGCGCCUUGACGACCGUCACCAAUCUAGGAAGCCGCUGCGUGCCCCCCGCACCCGGGAUGACCCCGACAUUGACCUCCGGAAGCCCAAAUUUGCCGCUUUCAUCGGUGAUGCGAUAGUGGCAACUCAGGGCGACUUCGAGACCUCCUCCAAGAGCAUUCCCAGAAAUUGCUGCUACUACUGGCUUGGGAAAGUUCUCGAUCCUUUUCACGACUUCGAUAAGAGGGAAUGACUUCUUCUUGGUACCACCCGAUAUAGGAUCAUCCACGAGCUGCCCGAAUUCUGUUAGAUCCGCGCCUGCAGAGAAAUUACGGGAUCCUCCGUAAAGAAUCACACUUCGAAUGGAGUCGUCGGUUUCCGCUUUGUCUAAGGCUUCCCAGAUUAAUCGGCGGAGGUUUAAACC